UAUGUACAACUCCAUACAUAUGUAGUAGGGACCUAAGUGCAAUGUUUACAUAUGUACAUGAAGGAGCUUUUAUAAACACGACGCUACGGGAAAAAUGUGUACUACAUAUGUACAUAUGAUUUGUGUACAGUUUGAACGGAUUAUAGAUACGUAUGUACUAACCUCAAAUAGGUUACGUUAGGCUGCAGAAAUACAUAAACGUCAUACAAUCACAUAUCACCUGUAUGCGCGUGUUUUGCAUCGAGCGUUGCACUUAGAUACAUAUCAUUUAAUCGAGAAUAUCGUACAGAUUUGGUAGUUCAAGAUGGGGAAAGGAUUUAAUAAUUAUAUGUGUAAAAAGUUUUUCCAUCCUGCAUCUCGAGACAACUUGAAACGAGUAUGGAUGGCUGAACAACAAGCUGAGGCGUACAAGAAAAAACAGGAGGAAUUACGUGUUCAAUAUGAAAAAGAACAAGAUCUACAUAAUAACAAAGCUCUGUUGAGUAAAGAAAGCAAAGAUAAGCUCAGUGUAAAUUUUAUGUACGAACCUCCACCUGGUGCGAAAAAAGAAAGAGAGAAAGAAGAUAACGAACCAGAGUACAAAUUUGAAUGGCAACGCAAGUAUAAUGCACCUAGAGAAAGUUAUUGCAAAGGAGACAGUGAAAUUAGAGAUCAGCCUUUUGGAAUUCAAGUACGUAAUGUACGUUGCAUCAAGUGUCACAAAUGGGGACAUAUAAAUACAGAUAAGGAAUGUCCUCUCUACAGUCAAGCCAUGAGCGUAGUGAUGGCUAAUAAUUCUCAAGCACCGCCUGCACCUGAUGCUCUUACUCUGGUACAGCAAAUGAGAGAAGAUGGCUUGGCACUAAAAAAAUCCGCAUUAAAUGCACAGCAACACUUACGAGUUCCUGAACACGAACAUCUCAUGGUUUCAGAUGAUGAAGAACAAACAGAAAUCAAAUUUUUGAAAGCUUUGUCCAAAAGAGAUAAGAAGAAAUUGUUGAAAAGACUGCAACAACUCGAAAAGAAAACCAAGAAACACAAGAAGAAAAAAUCAAAAACAAAGAAAAGAAAAACAAAACGUAAAGACAGUGAUAGUGACACAGACAGCGAUCAUCGAGGCAGCGUUAAGAAUAACAGUAGCAAAGACGAUACUGAUAGUAGUAGAAAUAGUAGUAGCGUUAGCGACAGCAAAAAUAGUAAUGGGAGUAAUAUUAUCAACAGAGACGGUAACAAUUAUUUUAAUAUGAAUAAUGUUAAUACCCAAAAAAAGAACACGAGAAGAUAAACAUAAAUCUAAUUUAAAAACAAAGAAGGAAGGAUGUAANNGAAGAUAAGUAAGAAUAAUAAAAGUAAAAAUACCAGUGUUUGUAAAAAGAAAGAGAAAAUGAAGAAUAUAACAAACAGAGAACCAACGAGACAUGUUAAGAAAUUAAUCAAACUAUCUUAAGAAUAAUCAUCUUUCUUUGAAUGUUUAAUGUAUACAAUAGAUNUUUGAUUAAAGAUAACAUACAUAUAUAUAAGUAGGUGUGGUUUUUAACGAUAAAGGAUUACAGAAUAAAUAUUAAGUAAAAUAAAGUGCAUUAAUUUUUCUAUAGUUCUAAACAGAUGAAAAUACAAGGUAAAGCGAA